AUGCUUGGCAUGCUUGGCACUCUUGGCGCGAGUCACGGGACCCACGGAAAGCGGGACAUCGCGAGGGAGCAGCAAAAGGAAGAACAAGAUGCGCCGGCGGGAGUUCGCGAUGAGAUGGAUACAGGGAUGCAGGGAUCGAUGAAUAUAUAUGGUACUCCCUACAACGGGGGUGCGGGGGCUUACUAUCCACCGCAGCCUCCCCCUCAGCCGCAAUAUCAACCACCGUAUCAACAGCCAUACCAGCAACCACCAUACCAGCAACCACCGUAUCAGCAAGCUCCUUACCAGCAACCGCCCUAUCAGCAGAACCUGUCACCGCAGCCGCAGCAACCAUAUCCUGCACCCUCGCCUACGCCCAGCUACCACCAACCACCACCGCCGUCACCACGGCCUCCAUCCCAGCAACAGCAGCCAUACUACUCACAAGAGCCUCCACGAGCACCUCCUUCUCCUUACCGUCCCAAUAAUGGCGGCCAGCACCGUCCUACGCCCCCUCCACCACCACAGAGCAGCCAGAGCUUCGGCCACGGUGCGCCGUCCUCGUACCGCUUCAAAUACUCGACUUGCUCCGGCCGUCGCCGCGCCCUGCUCGUAGGGAUCAACUACUUUGGCCAAGGAAGACCGCUAAAGGGCUGUAUCAACGAUGUAGCUCGCAUGUCGACAUUUUUGCACGAGUCAUAUGGCUAUCGGCGCGAGGACAUGGUGAUCCUGACAGAUGACCAGGCGAACCCCAUGAGUCACCCGACAAAAGCGAACAUGAUUCGCGCCAUGCAGUGGCUGGUUUCCGGUGCAAGACCGAAUGAUUCGCUGUUUUUUCACUUUUCAGGCCAUGGCGGACGUACGCGGGAUUUGGAUGGAGAUGAAGAUGAUGGGUACGACGAAGUGAUAUACCCCGUCGACUAUCAGACAGCUGGCCAUAUCGUCGACGACGAGAUGCAUUCUAUCAUGGUUCGACCUCUCUUGCCUGGCGUCCGACUAACUGCCAUCUUCGACUCCUGCCACUCCGGAACCGCUCUUGAUCUCCCGUUCGCCUACUCCACACAGGGCGUUCUAAAGGAACCCAACCUCGCCAAGGAAGCAGCACAGGACCUCUUCAGUGCUCUCAAAAGUUAUGAGAGCGGCGACAUCCGCGGCGUAGCCAACACGACCAUCGGCCUAUUCAAGAAAUUUACCAUCGGUGAUUCGGCGCGUCAGAAGACGCUCAGGACAAAGACUUCGCCGGCAGAUGUUAUCAUGUUAUCUGGCUCAAAGGAUACCCAGACCUCUGCGGACACUGUUGAAGGUGGCUCAGCGCAGGGUGCUAUGAGUUGGGCGUUCCAGGAAGCGUUGAAGAAGAACCCUAAACCAAGCUAUAUACAGCUUCUGAAUAAUAUCCGAGCAGAGCUGAGUGGCAAAUAUUCGCAGAAACCGCAGUUGAGCUGUAGUCAUCCGUUAGAUACGAAUUUACUUUUUGUGAUGUAA